AUGCUUAGCUCCUCUACCAUACACAGUUUGCUACUCCUGAUUCUGGUUUCAUGCAGCACAUGCACGCGGAUCCAGAAGAAUAAGUCUCAGGCAAUCCGACAGUCCGGGGUGGGCAUAGUUACCGGAGCGACGUCGCGAGAUAGCAACGGUAAUGUCCAUGUCCGGCGUGAAGUCAGAGACUUGGUGAAUAAUUACCCCGAUCAAUGGAGCCUGUACAUUUUGGCAUUAGACGGCCUCCACCACGCCGCCCAAAGCGAUCCGUACUCGUUUUAUGGCCUUGCAUCCAUUCAUGGGAGACCGUACCAGACAUGGGGAGAUGCGCCAGGUCUUCCUUACAAGAUUGACAAGGCGGGCUAUUGCCCACAUGACAACGAGCUGUUUCUAGGGUGGCAUCGACCGUAUUUAGCAUUAUUUGAACAAGUGGUUUCUGGUUAUGUCCAUGAUAUAGCCUCAAAAGCACCAGCGGAUCAGCUCCAACGUUACCUGGCAGCCGCAAACGAGUUCCGCAUACCCUACUGGGACUGGGCGCAAGGGAUGGAAGCAGGCGCGGUACCAGACGUUCUCAUCUCGCCGUACAUCAUGGUCAGGGAUACUUCGGAUAUGCCAGUCGUACUCAAUAAUCCUCUGCAUUCGUAUCACUUCAGCGAGAUGCCAGAGGGGUUCCAUGAUAAGUGGCGGUAUAUAAAUACGACGGUGCGAUGGCCGGAAUCGGAUGAUCCAUGGGCGCCAUCGCAGACAUUUCUAUUCCCCGAAGCUUUCAGGAACCAGUCCAACAACCUGAUAGCGCAGACGGGCGUGGCUUUCCGAUCGAGCAGUUUCUCGCGCUUCUCGUCGGCAUUGGAGGAUGUACAUGGAUGGGUGCACGGCAUCAUUGGCGGGGGCUAUCUGAGAGACUCGCCGUACUGGGGUCACAUGUGGCCACUGGAGUACUCUGCGUAUGAGCCACUGUUCAUGCUGCAUCAUGCGAAUGUCGACCGACUGUUCGCCCUGUACCAGGCGGCGCAUCCGGAUCGCUGGAUGGAAACGUCUAGUAUUGGCAACCAGGGAAACGUGUUUCUUGAAGACGACCAAGAGAUCAGCGCAGACACGGAACUGCUGCCAUUUCGCCAACGACCGGGCAAGUUCUGGACGACGAAUGAGUGUCGCGACACGGCGGUUCUCGGGUACGCGUACCCGGAGACACAACGUUGGAAGUUUGGGUCGGACGCGGCGUACCAAUCAUCUGUUGGGUCCGUCAUUGCAAAGCUGUACAGUGGGCGGCUGCGCUCUCAAGUUGCGGCAGCACAGGUUUCAGCAUUUGGCCACAGUUUAUCCGAUAACAGCAAUGUGUUUACCGAGUGGACCGUCGAGACGCGCGCCGCCACAUGCAAGUUGCCGUCGACAUUCAGAGUGGAUUUCUCCCUCAUGGGCAUGUUCCAAUCCGACGACAUUGUGGAUGCGGGGAGUUGGAUGGUGCUUGCACCAGAGCACGCGGGUACUCGACACGGCACGAACGCUACAUGCGGGCUGGAGAAAGUCGUCCAUGGCACGACAAGCAUCACGUCGCAUCUCAUUGACCGCAUCAACAAGGGCAGGCUGGCUAGCUUGAAGGCCGAAGAUGUGGCGCCGUACCUGCAAGACGCUUUGACGUGGAAUGUUUUUGAUGGCGAUGGCCAUCGUAUCGCGCAGGCUGGUGGCGAUGCACUCACAGUCACGGUCGUCAGCACGGAAGCACGUGUGCCAGAGAAUGCAGAUGAGGCGAUUGAGUUCAGUGCCCAGGCCACGGCGUAUCCUGAGAUUACAAUGAACAAGUGA